AUGCAACAAAUUCUACAAGCUUUAGUCAUUUUAUCGAUUUUUUUGGAACCUGUUUUUGGCAAACGGCACCAUGUUUUUUCGUCGAAUUCGAAAAAUGAUGAUUGUAUGGAGCCGCCGGAUUUGGUGAGUUUUUUUUUUCAUUUGAAAAUUAUUCUUGGUGAAGAAAAUAAAGAGCCAGCUCGGAAAACUUAAAAUUUUUAAAACUUUGAAAAUUAAUUAUUUUGGCGCGAAAUUUUUUUUUCAUAACCUCUAAGCUUCUGGAAUCUCAAUUUUUUAAUUUUUCAUCUUCAAAAAAAUUCGACGUGGCCAUCUCAAAAAAGACUUCCACGAACUCUAAAAAAGUACAAACAUCGCAACAAAAAAGGUUAGCGAAAGUAACCCGAUUCAUCUUCAGAUAAGCCGAAUAAAACACUGCCUGUACUUGGUUCCGAAAUUUGUCUUCUUAUCUUUUCUUUUUUUUCAUUCGGCGGUUUUUAAUGUGUGACCUGGAAAUCUAAUAGAAGGAAACUAAAUGAAAAAAUGAAUGUUGCGACUUUUUUCACAGUUCUUUUUUUGCAUUAUUUUGAUGGAUGGAUUUGAAAAAAAUUAAAAUUAGGAAAUCUCAAAUUAAUUUUAUUUUCCACGUGGUUUUUAGCCUGAAAAAAAAUUGUUCCAGCACGAUCUCUUGGCUGAUUGGUUGCAAAUCUCGCUUCAAUCUUCCCACGAAAACAUCGACGAACAAAUCAUCGACAACUCUCCCAGCUUCCCAAACUCCAAAAACCCUCCGGAAAUCUGUGAAAAAUCGCCAAAACUUGGCGAAACUCUCAUGGAACGAGCACUGUGUCCGUGGGAAUCUCGUGUGAAUUUCGAAGAGACUCGAGAGCCAAAAAUAUUGGUUGAAAGUGUUUGUUUGUGUCGAACGAGUCGCGGCACCAUUGGCGCUUUUUGUAUGCCAAUUUUGAGAAAUCACCCGGUUUUAAGACGGGUUUCGUGUGAUUCGAAGACGAAAUAUUGGAAAUAUUCGAGGAGUUGGCAGAUGAUUGUUGUUGGAUGUCAUUCUGUUUUACCGAGGACAAGGAAAAUGACUAGAUUGGUUUUUAGUGUGUAG